UCGUUCGGAGAGCUCUGCUGGUUUGAGUCGAGCUGGGUUGCUAUGGCUGUUUCUUCUUACGUGCAGGCCAUGCAGGAGCUGUUCCGGGCUAACACGCGGAGCCGCGAAUUCCCUGCGCACGGGGCCAAGGUCCACUCGGUGGCCUGGAGCUGCUGUGGCCGCCGUCUUGCCUCCGGCUCUUUCGACAAGACCGCCAGCGUCUUCGUGCUGGAUAAAGACCGGCUGGUUAAGGAAAACAAUUACCGUGGCCAUGGAGACAGUGUGGAUCAGUUGUGCUGGCAUCCCAGUAACCCAGAUCUGUUUGUCACAGCAUCUGGUGAUAAAACCAUUCGUAUAUGGGAUGUCCGAACCACCAAGUGCAUUGCCACAGUGAAUACGAAAGGAGAAAACAUUAACAUCUGCUGGAGCCCUGAUGGCCAGACUAUUGCAGUAGGGAAUAAGGAUGAUGUGGUCACAUUCAUUGAUGCUAAGACACAUCGGUCCAAGGCUGAGGAGCAGUUCAAGUUUGAGGUGAAUGAGAUAUCUUGGAACAAUGACAACAACAUGUUUUUCCUCACCAAUGGCAACGGUUGCAUCAACAUCCUCAGUUACCCAGAGCUGAAACCCAUUCAGUCAAUUAAUGCCCACCCCUCAAAUUGCAUUUGUAUCAAGUUUGACCCAAUGGGCAAGUAUUUUGCUACAGGAAGUGCUGAUGCAUUGGUUAGCCUCUGGGAUGUGGAUGAGUUGGUAUGUGUACGAUGCUUCUCUAGACUUGACUGGCCUGUCAGGACUUUGAGCUUUAGCCAUGACGGAAAGAUGCUGGCCUCAGCGUCUGAAGAUCACUUCAUUGAUAUUGCUGAAGUAGAAACUGGGGAGAAGCUCUGGGAAGUACAGUGCGAGUCCCCAACCUUCACGGUCGCUUGGCAUCCAAAACGCCCCCUGUUAGCCUUCGCCUGUGAUGAUAAAGAUGGCAAAUAUGAUAGCAGUAGAGAAGCUGGCACUGUGAAGCUCUUUGGUCUCCCCAAUGACUCUUAAGAGAAAUCUGCUAGAGACUGUACUUAUGAUCCAGGAUUCUAAGCCAGUGUAGAACAUUCAGAAGCCACGUUCAACCCCUUUCUGGGUUGGUUUUUCUUCGUGGCAGAGAAUAGUGCCAUGAAUUUUAAUGCCCUUGUCUGGAGAGUCGGUUUUAAAAAGUUUUUGUACACUGCUCAAUAGUCCUAGAAGGCAGAGAAGCUGAACUGAUUUGGACUCCUUUGGAGAGCCUAGGUUAUUCGCUAUUUUGAUUGCAGAAUUACAGGGGAGCUACCAAUAUUUUCGCUGCCAAUGCAUUUUGAGCAUUUGUAUGCUGUGUCCGCCAUCAUGACAACAGUCUCUGUUCUCUGUUUAAUUGAGGGUGUAGGGGGCAAAACCGCCUGCAAACUUGGAUUUCUAUGUCACUGUCAUUUUCCUGUGUCAUCUUUUGAGAAUGGAAAGGCUGAGGAUUAUGCUGGUUUCUUCUAGCCAUGUUUGAAACUCUCCUUUCCACAUAGUUCACUCAUCCCUUUUGAGAAAAUGUACAUAUGAAUGUGUCUUUAAUUCCUUUUCUACCUUAGGAUAAUGAAAGGAGUAAGGCUGGGAAAUAAUAUUAAUUUUUGUAUGGAUCUGUUUUUGUAUCUUGGAUAAAGAUAUUUGCUAAAA